AUGACAUUCAAACCAGAUGAAAAAUGUCGCAUGGUGCGCCCACACUUUAGGCUGGCCCUCGUCGACGUCGUAUGCGAUUCAUCCGACGAGCCCGCCUCCUAUUCUCGCUCACAUUCUGAUCGUGAUGCCUCCCUGGGUGUCGCCGCUUCUGGCUUCACACCAGCCAACGGGCCUCGAGGACAAAGACGUCUCCCUGCACAGCUGGACGCCCCAGCCGUAGCCGUCGCGCCUGUCUCCGGUGGCAGCGCUUCUACCAGCGCGCCCGCUGACGGUGACGGAUCCCGUGCAGCAGCUUCGCCUGCUAGUCUGCCUGCUCGUCAUAUGCCUGUCCGGCUGCGCAACCCAUCCGUGGCCGAGCUAUCAGAACAGCGAGAAAGAGCGACCACGGGCAGGUUCGAUUGCGGUAUCUGCCACACCACCGUGACCAACGGGAUUCGCUACCUCACCACCCACGUCUCACGGUGUCAUUUCCUACACGACCGCUACAGGGCGUGCAGCGACCGACCGAACAUGAAGAUAUAUUACCGUGUGUUCAUGUGCCAUGGCCGCGUAUCGCGAAGCCAGCCGGCCCCGAGGCCGAUCGUCCAUGGUGGAGUUUAG